AUGUCUUCCGAUGCCCGGGAUGCUUUUGCCUCGGGGGCUGAGUAUCAUGAUCUACGUACACUCAGACAAAGGAAUCAGAUUCAGUCGUCAAACACCCUUGCUAGCAGUGAAGAUCUCGAAUCCAUCAUCAAGCAAACGUCUACACUUUCUAUCGCAGAAACAAAAAACACCUCCUUUUGGACAUUGCUGUCUAUUUUCAUUUAUGUGAUCAAUCCGUUGUUGCUUACCGCAGUGUCUGCAUACUUCAGACUAUCUGGUGUUGGCGAUGUCAAGAAGGUCAUUUGGGACGAGGCGCAUUUUGGCAAAUUUGGCUCUCACUACUUGAAGCACGAAUUCUAUUUCGAUGUACAUCCGCCUCUAGGCAAGCUUCUUGUGGGUCUAUCAGGAUGGCUCGCAGGAUAUGACGGCUCGUUUGAGUUCAAGAGCGGCAAUCAUUUCCCAGAAGAAUUCAACAUAGUAGCAAUGAGAUAUUUCAAUUGCUUGUUUGGUAUACUUUGCACACCCUUCGCUUACUUCACAGCUUUAACCUUGGGGUUCUCUCAUUACACAGUAUGGCUCAUUUCAUUGCUGGUUGUAUUUGAGAUGUUGUCACUCACAUUAUCGAAGUUCAUCCUACUAGAUUCAAUGCUCUUGUUCUUCACCGUCACGACGUUCUUUGGUCUUAGCAAGACUCAUCAAUUGAAUAGCAGGCAGGGCCUUCUCUCGUUACAAGGCAUUUUCUGGCUUUCUUUCACUGGUAUUUCCAUUGGAUGUGUUUGCUCUGUCAAGUGGGUGGGUCUCUUCGUUACUGCACUUGUUGGCUUUUACACUAUUUACGACUUGUUGAUUGGCUUGUAUAAAGUUACUUCACCAGAACAAAGGGCAUCUUGGCUGAAAUACAUUAGUCAUUGGCUAGUGAGAAUCGUCACCUUGAUUGUCAUUCCACUAACCAUCUACAUCACUGCGUUUAAAGUCCAUUUCAUCGUGCUCAACAGGUCCGGCCCAGAUGAUGGCUCCAUUUCGACUUUACUUCAGGCGCAAUUGGAGGGAAAUACUUUGAAGAACGGCCCACGCUCAGUUGCAUACGGUUCCUUAGUGACCCUCAGAUCGCAGGGUCUUCUGCCCAAUUUGCUUCAUUCUCACCCUCAUUUAUAUCCAGAAGGCUCUCGCCAACAACAAAUCACAACAUAUGGCUUCAAAGACAAUAACAAUGAGUUUUUAAUAGAGUUUGAUCUCGAAUCUGCCAAAAAAGGAAAAUUCGCAACACUUGAAUACGAUGAUGAAAAUCCAGAUCUAAUUCUUGACUACAAGACUCUCAUCAAAGACGGUGACACUAUAAGGUUGUUACACAAAGAUCGCGGAUGUUUCCUUCAUUCGCAUUCAAUCCCUGCCCCAGUUCUGAAAAGCCACUAUGAGACUUCCUGCUAUGGCAACAUUGACGUGUAUGACGAGAAAGACGACUGGGUAAUUGAAGUCCAAAGUCAAGACAUUUCACCAUCUCCUCUCUUUCAAAACGAGAGUAUGCUGGAAGUUCAUCCUAUUUCCACAAACUUCAGACUCAGGCACAAGGUUUUAGGUUGUUACUUGGCAACGACGGGCUAUUCAUAUCCGUCCUGGGGUUUUCAACAGGGUGAAGUUACUUGCAAACAUGUUUUUUUGAAAAAUGACAAGAGUGCUUGGUGGAAUAUUGAGGACCAUGUCAACAAUGAGUUUGAGUCCCCAAAGACGCCAUAUGUUGCACCGAAGCCUAAAUUCUGGAAAGAGUUCAUCUUAUUGAACUAUGGAAUGAUGGCGUCCAAUAACGCAUUGGUCCCAGACAGUGAUCACUAUGAUCACUUGGCUUCAAGAUGGUGGGAAUGGCCGAUUUUGAGAACAGGUUUGAGAAUGAGCGGCUGGUGGACUGAUGACGCAAAGUACUUUCUCAUGGGUAACCCGUUCGUGACUUGGUUCAGCACAUUAUGUAUUGCGAUUAGCCUAAUCUUGUUGACUGGAGUUCUAUUUCUCUGGCAAAGACAGAGGAUCGACUUGAGUAUAGAGGGAUCUGAAUGGCAAAGAUUCGUGGGACAGGGAGUCUUUCCUCUCGCUGGUUAUAUUCUACACUAUCUUCCAUUCAUUUUAAUGGGUAGAGUCACCUACUUGCAUCAUUAUGUGCCUGCCUUGUAUUUCGCUAUUUUCGUAUCAGGCUACGUUGUUGAAACCACGGUGGCUAGAAAAGCUCCAAGAAUUGUAUGUAUCGUUGUCUAUGGACUUCUUUACGCUGCAGUCGUUGGUGUCUUUUGGAGAUACCGUUUCUUGUCGUUGGGCAUGAAAGGUGCAAUCGCCAAUUACUUGCAUCUCAAGCUACUCAGAUCCUGGCGCCUCUGA